GACAUCGUGCAAGCGAGCUGCUCAGUAUCACCGUGGGCACCCAGUCGAUCUCGCCUUUCUACUGGGCUAUCGACAGUGGUGCAACAGUGUGUGCAGUGGCUAUGCUGGAAGACUUGUUGACGAUCCGGGCAGAUCGUGACGUGUACUACUACGGAUACGACACGCUCUUCACCCGUCAUCCAGAAGCCGUCCAGCGCUUGUGCGCAACAGCCCCGACACUGAUGCCAACGUUGCUUGACGGCUUGGUGUGGCGAUCUCGUCAGACACGGGAAGGCUUCCGACGGGUCAACUACUACGUCAAGCACUUGAUCCAGGACCUGGAUGGCAACUUGAGCAUGAAUUUGGAGUGGCUGGUGGCACACGGAGAUCCCAAGAUCAUUCGCCACCCCACUGUGGUUAUGUUUGCAGACUUGCUCUGGUACAAGUUGGCAAGCUACAAGUUCGUCCUCUCCAAGUUGUACUUCUUGCUGAUGCUGGUCAUCUUCAUCACAUCCCAGGCGAUCAUUCCCAAUCACACGGGUCAGCAGCAGACCCGAGAAGAGCUGCUAGCCAUCGAGACAUGCGAGACUAAUGAGCCGGAAUGCACGUGUCAUCGAGAGUCGAAACCGCUGGACAUCUGA